UUUAACAAGAAAACUCCCCAAUGAAAGUAUUUCAGUUUGGUCACAAAAAUCAUCACGCGAAACAGCCGUCCCAUCUCCCCUCUUCCCCAAAUCGCAACAAGUAACCGCCUCCAACACCAAAUCUCAUCGAUCCAUCCUUCCUUCCCUCACCAAACUUAUUUCUCCCUCCUCCAUGACCAAAAUCCCCAAAAUCCCACCCCCAUUAUUCCUCCCGCCGUCGCCGGAGGAGAUAAUCACGGCUUAACAAUAUCAACAACAAAAAAUCAUGAUCAGAAAACUCGACGACGCCACCGCAGGGCCACCACCGCCGUCCACCGCCAGUCCUCCUCCUCCCGCCAAAUUCCGCUCCGCCACGAAGAACCUAUUCCUCCUGGUCCUCCCGCUGAUCCUCUUCUGCCUGUUCUUCUUCCUCACCUCCUCCGCCUUCGUCGAUCCUUUCUCCGCCGCGUUCGCCCCGCUCGCCUCCUACUUCAUCAACCUCUCCUCCUCCCCCUCCUCCGCCGCCGACCGCGGGGCUCGAUAUUCCGACGCGGCGAGGGAGGCGCGGCUGAACCGGUCGAGGAUCGCGGUGUGCCUGGUCGGCGGAGCGCGGCGGUUCGAGCUCACCGGACCGUCGAUCGUGAGACACGUCCUGCUCCGGUAUCCGAACGCCGAUCUCUUCCUCCACAGCCCCCUCGACGAGAACGCGUUCAAGCUCUCGCUCCUCAAAUCCGCGCCGAGGAUCGCCGCCGUCAGGAUUUUCAAGCCGAGUUACAUCCCCGAGACCGAGUCGUACCUCCGAGUUCUCACCGCCUCCAACUCGCCUAACGGCAUCCAGGGCUUGCUCCAGUACUUCAACCUCGUCGAAGGCUGCCUCCAAAUGAUAAGCAACCACCAGACCCGCCACAACUUCACCUACGACUGGAUAGUCCGAACCCGAGUCGACUCCUUCUGGUCCGCCCCGCUCCCGCCCUCCUCCUUCCCCCUCAACUCCCGCUACUUAGUCCCCGAGGGCUCCUCCUACGGCGGCCUCAACGACCGCCUCGGCAUCGGCGACUACAAAACCUCUGCCGCCGCCCUCUCCCGCCUCUCCCUCCUCCCCUUGCUCUCACACCUCAACUACACUCGCCUCAACUCCGAGUCCGCCUUCCGGGCCCAGCUCGACGCCCGCCGCGUGCGCUACGCGGCGGGCCGGGUCCCCUUCUGCAUCGUGUCGGACAGGAGGUACGAGUUCCCGCCGGAGGGGCCCGGGGUUCCCGUGGCGGCUCUGGACAGCCCGGGCCCGCUGAGCGGGGCCAAGUGCAGGCCGUGCUCGGCGGCCUGCGAGGGGGAGUGCUUGGAGGAGUGGAUGCCGACGCUGUACAGGCGGUGGAGCUGGACGGAGUGGCGGAACGGGACGCUGAAGCUGUGCGACGCGCAGGGGGAGUGGGAGAAAGGGUGGGAGAGGCUGUUCGAUGACGUGGCCGGGAGGGAGGGUAAGACGGAGAGGGUGCGGGUCGGUGGGUUGCCGGAUGGGGAGUGUGUGGCGGAUUUUGGGGCGAUGAGGAGGAAGGCGGUGGUUUGGGCGUCGCCGCCGGUGGAGGAGAUUUGUAGGAUGGGGAAGCGUACUACUACUACUACUGUUUAGAGAGUUUUAGGAGGGCGGGAGAGAGUG